AUGGCUGAACAACAAAAACCAAUGACUCUUCAUCUGGUCGGAGUUGGAGUCACCCAUUCCAUCGCCCCAAAAAUGCACAACUAUAUUGCACAAUCUCUUGGUCUCCCUUGGACAUUCUAUUCAACAGAGUGCGCGACAUUACAGGACUUGCUUGAGCUUGGCAAAAACCCCACUACUGCUGGAUUGGUGGUUACAAUGCCAUACAAGAAUUCUGUGAUGAACCAGUUGGAUGAGUUGGAUGAACUGGCUAUCAUCAUUGGUGCUUGCAACAAUGUCUAUUACAAGAAUGGCGAGACAAGACGGCUGUGUGGAACGAACACCGACUGGAGAGGAAUUAAGGGCAGCCUUUUAGAGAAAGGAAACGAAGCCGAGAGACCCUCCGAGACAUCGCCUGCUUCGGCCCUGAUUGUCGGUGCUGGUGGUGCAAGCCGUGCAGCCGUUUACGCUCUUACGGCUCAUCUCCACUGCCCCAGGAUCUACGUUCUGAACCGUGACAAUCAGGAAGUUCUCGACCUUAUUCGUGACUCAAAACGCCUUCCCCUUGUUCCUGAGAUUAUCCACGUCAAAACAUUGGAGCAAGCCAAAGAGCUAGACAUUCCCUACUACAUCGUCGGGACAGUGCCGGACUUUGAACCAACAACAGAGUCUGAGCGUACUGUGGCUUCGUUACUGGAGCAUUUUCUCUCUCGACCUAACAAAGGUGUUGUCCAUGACAUGUGCUUCAAGCCACGAAGAACUAGAACUAUCAAGUUGGCAGAGAGUUUGGGCUGGCCUUGUGUGGAGGGAACGCAUGUUAUCGGGUACCAGAUCGAGGAGCAAUGGCGUCUUUGGGCUGGAGAAGAACUUGUAUCUAAGUUGGAUCGUGAAGGAGCAUGGAAUGUCUUGAUGCAGGCGGCUGAAGAAAGUACAGCGAUUAACUUUUAA